AUGACCGAAGAAAAGGAGAUCGACUACACCCUCAACAACCCCGAUACCCUCACCAAGUACAGGACCGCUGCUGAGAUCUCGGAGCGUGUCCUUGCCAAGGUCAAGGAACUCGUCGUCCCCGGCGCCAAGAUCGUUGACAUUUGCGAGAAGGGUGACGAGCUCAUCGAAGAAGAGGUCGCCAAAGUCUACCGUGGAAAGAAGGUUACCAAGGGUUUCUCCCAUCCCUGCACCAUUUCGCCCGCCUCUUUUCCCGGCGAGCCCGUAAAGAUUCAACUCGGAGCCCAGAUCGAUGGCUUCGGUUCCAUCGUCUGCGACACCGUUCUCGCCGGCAAGGCGGACGAAGAGGUCACCGGCCGCCCCGCUGAUCUCAUCCUCGCCACCUACUACGCCAACGAGCUCCUCCUCCGUCUCAUGCUUCCCCCGCCCCUUACCCAGUCCAAGAUCACUAGCCUCCUUGACAAGGUCGUCAAGAGCUAUGAGUGCAAUCUCGUAGAGAGCACCACCUCGUGGCUGUUUGACCGCAACGAGAUCGAGGGCGCCAAGAAGAUUGUUCUCGCUCCCUCCGAGGGCACCAAGGGAGAGGGCUCCCCGGUCUCGGUCAAGACCCUCGAGCACCGCGCUACCCUCCACCGCCGUACCCUCCAGACCUACGGCCUCAAGCGUCCUACCUCCCGUAAGAUUCUUUCUGAGGUCGUCAAGAGAUUUGGAAACUUCCCCUUCUCUCUUCGACAGCUCGAGGACGAGCGUGAUGCCAAGGCUGGUGUUGUCGAGUGCGUUCGAGGCAACAUCUUCCGCCAAUACGAGCUCGUUGGCGACAAGGACAACUCUCCCGUCGCCCGCCUCUUGACUACCAUUGCCAUCACCAAGAAUGGUGUCACCAAGCUUGGCGCCGCACCCGCUCUUGACAUCAGCAAGUUCAAGUCGGAUAAGAAGAUCACCGACGAAGAAAUCCUCAGCAUUCUCGAGCAACCCAUCGCCCGGAACACUGGAAAGAAGAAGGCUAACAAGAAGAAGAAGAGGCCCGCCAAGAAGGCCCAGGCGGAGGAAUCUGAGGAGGAGUCUAGCGAUGAGGAAUAG